GAGGGGAUGGCCGCGGCACCCCCCGCCGCCGCGCCCCCUCUGCGCCCCCUUCGCGCCGAGGUGCGCGGGGCGCCGGGCGGCGGCGGCGGGUGGCUGCCUCCUCUCCCCCAAAGUUUUUGGAUCCGCGUCUCCUCAUGAUGUAUGGAUGAUAUAUUGCAUUGUGGGUGUCAAUAUAACUGACGGCCAUAUUUGCCGGUGCUGCUACUGCUGUAAACAACCCAAAGUGUCUGGGAGACACGGAGACGCUUCAGUGAAUUUCAGGACGCUUCUCCUCCUCCCGCUGGCCAUGUCUCUGGGAAUGUCGUACAAGCCCAACUUGAACACCCACGUCCCCGGGACUCCCCUCAACCCGGCUGGGAGUGUUCACCCUCCUUCCACAAGUAUGGCAACAUCUGCACAGUAUCGACAGCUUAUAAAUGACUAUGGACCCCCAUCUCUAGGCUAUACACAAGGGAUGCAGGGUACCAGCAGCAGUCAAGUACCGCAGAGCAAAUAUGCAGAACUUCUAGCUAUCAUAGAAGAAUUAGGAAAAGAGAUUAGACCUACAUAUGCUGGCAGUAAAAGUGCAAUGGAAAGGCUAAAAAGAGGCAUUAUCCAUGCUAGAGGAUUAGUUCGGGAAUGCUUGGCUGAGACGGAACGCAAUGCGAGAUCCUAGCCUGCUCAUUCAGUUGCAAGAUCUUCCAUCUCUUAAUGAAGAAAAAGUAACACUUAUUCUUUUUGACUCUUGAAACAUUCAGACAAAUUCCUUUAUUCUGAACACCUGACUUUUCUUGUUUAGCCCUACAAAAAUGUAUAGUUAAGAAUGAGGAAGCACGGGGUUUUCAACUUUCUGAGGGUUUGCAUUUUGUAAAGCUGUUAAAACUCCCUAAAACAUUUCUUAGACUUGGAAACUGAACUGCAUGCAGAGGAAUGCUAUUUCUCUCCCAGGCCAUAUUUCAGUUUUCUUCUUAUCCAGCCACAGCCUCAUUCUGUUUAUUUGUUGGUUUUUUGUUUGGCUAUAUUCACUUAACCCCAAACUAUCACUCUUUGAAGGUUUGACAUAAGCUCUAAGGAUUUUUUUAAUAACUGCAAAAUAGCAUGCUGUACCUAGUAACCUGCUAAGUCACAAUUUGUCAUACAGCAUAGACCCUGCUUAGAAAUAACCUUCCCCUUAUUUUUCCUGUUUUGUUUGUUUUUGCAUAAACAUUUGCAUGACUGUUAGUGCUUUGAAGUCCAUUUAAAGUGCAUGAGUUAUAUGGAAAAUAGGGAAACCUAUUAAAUAAAAACAAGGUCCUGGAAAGCUAAUUUCUACAUUAUGGCUGGAGAUUUCAGUUUGAAGUUUGCCAAAAAAGGAGAAAAUUCUAGAUAAAGUACUAAAACUGUUAUUUGCAUCUUUGUAUGUAUUUAUUACUUGACGUAAUAAAGCUUAUUUUCAUUAA